UCUUCAUCUCACCCCACCAAGAACAUGAUUCCUAUGGACAUACUCCUGAGUAUUGCCUUCUUCUCCCAGACAGGAAUUGGGGUUCAGGGAAACCUCUUCCUGCUUUAUCUGUUCAGCUUCUUGUUCUUCACUGGUCAGAGACUGAGGCCCAUAGAUCUAAUUCUCACCCAGCUGGUUUUAGCCAACUCCUUGGUGCUUAUCUUAAAAGGAUUCUUUCAGGGAUUGGCAGCUUUGGGUCUGAAAAAUUUACUGGAUGACAUUGGUUGUAAAAUUGUCUUUUACCUUCACAGAGUAGGUCGGGAACUUUCCCUCUGCAUAACUUGUCUUCUGAGUGGUUUUCAGGCCAUCAACAUCAGUCCCCAGAACUCCAGAUUCAUGAAGCUUAAAACCAGAGGCCCAAGAUACAUCACCCCCUCUAUUCUCUUCUGCUGGAUUUACUCCAUGCUGCAAAAUAUUAGUAUUCUUCAGAACCUUGAUGGACCAAGGAGCACCACAAACACCUCAGAAACAAAAGUAUAUUGGUAUUGCUCUGUUAAUUCUGCUACAGAUAUUAGUCCCUCACUCCAUGCAGUUGUGUUCUCCCUGCCUGAUGCUGUGUGUAUGACCUUCAUCAGCUUUACCAGUGGCUACAAGGUUUAUCUCUUGUACAAGCAUCAUAAGAGAGUCCAACAGCUUCACUCUGACAGAUUUCUCCCUAGCGCCUCCCCAGAGACCAGAGCCACCCAGAUGAUUCUCCUGUUAGUAAUCAUCUUUGUCACUUUUUACUUACUCAAUUGUAUCUUGACUGCUUGGAUGCAUUCAAUGACCCCUAGGCCUUGGUUGUGGCAUAGCUCUGCCUUCUUGGCUUCCUGUUUUCCAAUGGUUAGCCCCUUUGUGCUGAUCAGCAGUGACUCGCAAAUCCUGAAGUACUACAAAGCUAUCCAUGGAGGAAAAAGUCAUCAUCCUGGAAAGUAA